GACGGACCGCUACUCACGUUGAGGGUCAAAUGUUUUGAGGAUGUGCUAGUGGUGUCGUCGAAAUGUCAAGUUUCUCCAGAUCUGCCCAGCAAUGGGCAACCUUCGCCCGCUCGUGGUUCUUAAUUGAUGCCAGGAUGCAGCCUCCUGGGAAGAUCGCAAGCAUGUGUUCUGUGAGGUUACAGGGGAAACACAAACCUAUCUACCACGCACUCAGUGACUGUGGUGACCAUGUAGUAGUAAUAAACACCAAGCACAUAGCUUUCUCUGGCAACAAAUGGGAACAGAAAGUCUACUCAUCACACACAGGGUAUCCAGGUAGCUUCAAACAAGUCACAGCCGCCCAGCUGCAUCAAAAAGACCCAAAAGCUAUUGUGAAGUUGGCAGUUUACGGCAUGCUGCCUAAAAAUCUACACCGGCGCACCAUGAUGCAGCGAUUACACAUCUUUCCUGAUGAUGAGCUGCCAGAGGACAUCCAAGCCAACCUGACGGAGGAGCUGCCUCAGCCCCGAGAAAUCCCCAGGAAACUCAGCGAGUACACCCAGGAGGAGAUAGACGCCUUCCCCCGGCUGUGGACACCACCUGAAGACUACAAGAUGAAAUGAAUUCAAGGCUCUUUGACGUGAGGUGAUUUUCACAUUAAUGCUACACUGAAGGCAACAUUUUCCUCUAUUUUAUUUGUAGUUGUGAUGCGUGACAAAAAAGUAUUGUAAAAGUCAAAGGCCAGAGAGGUUUUAUGCGAUUCAAAAACACGCAAAAGCUGAUUUUCUCUGUUCAGAUGAAAUAUUACACAAAGCCAGAUUUUGUGCUUCUGUGUAAAUCCAGGAAACAGCACUGGCAUCAAAGCUUGACUGGACUGGGCCUAUGUCUUAAGAUUUCGUUUUGGCCUUGACACAACCACAGCAAACCUGAAUAAUCCAGGACCAGUUUAAGAUUUCCCUGUGUGGCUCAGAUGAAUUGUAAAAUAGGAGCUAACAAACAAUUGAAUGAACCUGUUCUUGUCAAGUGGUUUUUACAUAAAUGUUGUAAAAUCUGUUAAAGUUAAAUAAAUGACCUAAAACACAA